GAAACCUGAACUGAUCAAAGCAGUGGACACUUGGAAACACACAGAAGCUUGGAGUGGCAAUUAUAGAGAGAGAGAGAGAAGGGUCACAUUCAAUAUUUUUAUAGUAUAAAACCCAAAAAUGCUGGAUUUCCCGUGAGUGCUGACAGGCCAAUAAAGCCAUAAACACCGCUAUCUUCAACGUUGUUUCACGCAUUUCCCUCUUCAUUUCCACUUCCAUAUUCAUCCAUCUAAAAGCUUACUUCAUCACUUUCCCCAACUCCUACGGAAUUUUUUCAUAUCUGGUGAUUUAAUCUUCAAGCCACCUUUUGUUUUGGAACUCUUCUUCAUUGGGAUUUGUAACUGCUAUUUUGGGACUGAAGCAUUUUUGAAGUGUGAUCCAUCAUCAUCGUCAUCAUCUUGUGGUUCUUGUGAGACUAUUGCAAUGGAUUGUUGCAGUGUGGCUUUAAAAGCCAAUACCCAUGUGGCGAAAGCUAGCAAAGAUGGUUUCAAGAGUGGAGAUAAGGAGUUUUGGGGUGAAAGGAUGAGGGGGAGUCUAAAUAACAGUGUUUGGUCCAAUCAGACGACAAGAAGCUUAAGAGCUAGAAGGAAUGUUAGUAAGGUUAAACCUGGUGUUGCUUAUGCUGUUUUAACAUCAAAUAAUCACAAGGAUGUUGUGACCUUACAACCACCAAGUUCUGAGAGACGAAAAGUGGACCCAAAAAAUGUAGCAUCCAUCAUAUUGGGAGGAGGUGCAGGGACUCAAUUGUUUCCUCUUACAAGAAGGGCAGCAACACCAGCUGUACCAGUGGGAGGAUGCUAUAAGCUAAUAGACAUCCCAAUGAGCAACUGCAUCAACAGUGGCAUUAACAAGAUAUUUGUACUGACCCAAUUCAACUCUGCUUCCCUUAAUCGACACCUUGCACGCACAUACUUUGGAAAUGGUAUCAACUUUGGAGACGGAUUUGUGGAGGUACUAGCAGCGACUCAAACACCUGGAGAAGCAGGAAAGCAGUGGUUCCAAGGAACAGCAGAUGCUGUGAGGCAAUUUAUUUGGGUUUUUGAGGAUGCCAAGAACAGGAAUGUUGAGAAUAUACUGAUCUUGUCUGGAGAUCAACUUUACCGAAUGGAUUAUAUGGACUUUGUGCAGCAUCAUGUUGACAGCAAUGCUGAUAUCACAAUUUCAUGUGCUGCAGUCAGUGAGAGCCGUGCAUCUGAUUAUGGUUUGGUGAAGAUAGACAACAGGGGACGAAUUGUCCAUUUUGCUGAAAAACCAAGUGGUGCUGAACUGAGAUCAAUGCAAGCAGAUACCACUCAUCUAGGAUUGUCUCCGCAAGAUGCCCUGAAAUUCCCCUAUAUUGCAUCAAUGGGAGUCUAUGUGUUUAGGACUGAGAUUCUGCUGAAGCUUUUAAGGUGGAGAUAUCCUACAUCGAACGACUUUGGAUCUGAAAUCAUUCCUGCAGCAGUUAUGGAGCACAAUGUCCAAGCAUAUAUUUUUAGAGACUAUUGGGAAGAUGUAGGAACAAUAAAGACAUUCUAUGAAGCUAACUUGGCUUUCACUGAAGACCCUCCAGAGUUCGAGUUUUAUGACCCAAAGACACCCUUCUACACAUCUCCUCAAUUCCUACCACCAACCAAAAUUGAUAAAUGCCGGAUUAUAGAUGCAAUAAUAUCUCAUGGAUGCUUCUUGAGAGAAUGUACUAUCCACCACUCUGUGGUUGGUGAACGCUCACGUUUAGAUUAUGGUGUCGAGCUAAAGGACACUCUGAUGUUGGGUGCUGACUACUACCAAACUGAAGCUGAGAUCGCAUCUCUUCUAGCAGAGGGGAAGGUACCCAUUGGUGUUGGAAGGAACACAAAGAUCAAGAACUGCAUAAUUGACAAGAACGCGAAGAUAGGAAAAAAUGUGGUCAUUGAAAACAAAGAUGGCGUGCAAGAAGCAGAUAAGCCAGAAGAAGGAUUUUACAUUCGGUCUGGAAUCACAAUUAUAUUGGAUAAGGCAACAAUAGAGGAUGGCACAGUGAUAUAAAUGGACACAGAGCAUGUUCAAGGACUGACUAGCUGUACAAGGGUGUUGAGAUAGGUACAUUGUUGAUUGCCUAGUGAAGAAGCUGACUUGAUGAGUGAUGACAAGGGCAGCAUUUUGGUCUCUUAAGAAGAAGCAAGCUGCACCCUUCUUUGUCGUGUAAAAUUAUCGGCUCCUCGUUGCACAUAAAACUAGAGCUUCAUUCUAGAGUUAUGAUCGCAGUAAGAGCCCAAAUAAAUCUAAAGGAGCCUAUCAGUUGGCUACUUAGUUUCUUUAUAGAGUACAUAUCUUUGGAAGACUAGGUAAACUCUGUAUCAGUAUGAAUUUUUAAUAAUAUAAUAAGCCAUUACUUGUGCUAA